AUGGCCGUUUUCCUGGCUGCCCUCGAUAUAACCAUUGUGACCACAGCGCUACCAACAAUUGCAGACCACUUCCAAUCCACAUCAGCCUUUACCUGGGUGGGCUCAGCCUUCAUGUUGUCAGGGGCUGUUGUAGCUCCGAUUUGGGCCAAAUUGAGUGAUAUUUGGGGUCGAAAGUCUAUUCUUCUCGUUGCCGUCGCCAUUUUCUUUUUGGGCAGUACGUUAUGCGCAACUGCCGUGAGUCUCCCGAUGCUUUUGAUCGGCAGAGUAACACAGGGUGUGCCCGCUGGAGGUAUUGUUUCUUUGGUCAACAUCGUUGUUGGAGACCUCUUCUCUCCAAGGGAACGGGGCAAAUACUAUGCCAUCACGGGUGUUGUUUGGAGUAUUGCAAACACACUCGGGCCACUGAUAGGUGGUGGUUUGACUGAAGGCGCAUCAUGGAGGUGGUGUUUCUAUAUCAAUCUCCCCAUCUCUGGAGCGACUUUCAUUGUGAUUGCUUAUAUGCUGAAGUUGGAGACUCCACACACCCCGAUGAUCUCCGGCCUCAAGGCCAUCGACUGGGCUGGCACCAUCACGCUCGUCGGGGGCCUUUUAAUGUUCCUUUUAGGACUCGAGUUCGGCGGAACCAGCCACCCUUGGUCGUCAGCGACCGUCAUCUGCUUGUUGGUCUUUGGCUUAGCCGUCCUCGCAGCAUUUAUUACCAUCGAGUGGCACUUUGCUCGGAACCCUAUCGUCCCGGCCCACCUGUACGCCAACGUGCACAACCUGGCCAUCCUCGUUAUUGGCCUCGUUCAUGGCGCGGUUGUGACAGAAAAUACUUAUUUCUUGCCACUCUACUGCCAGUCCGUCCUCGGUGCCUCACCGCUCCUCUCCGGUGUACUCAUACUGCCAUUCGCCUUAACCAUGUCUACGGGCCAGGUGGCUGCCAACAACUACGUUAAGAAGAAAGGCCGCUACCUCGAUUGCAUUUAUUUCGGCUUCUCUGUUAUGAUACUUGGCCUUGGGCUGUUCUAUAACCUCCCUGACUCAAGAAUGUGGCCCAAGAUUAUCAUCUACCAGCUCAUCACCGGCCUCGGUAUCGGGUGUCUUUUCCAGCCUCCCCUGAUUGCACUGCAGGGCAACCUCUCCGCCCAGGAUAAUGCCACGGCAACGUCCUCCUUCUUCCUCGUCCGAGCAGUUGCGAACGCCAUUGGGGUCGUCAUCGGCUCGGCCACCUUUGCAAACAAGAUGGACGCCCAGCAGGGAACGCUCGUCAAGCUGCUGGGGGCGUCGACCGCCCAGCUCUUCUCCGGCGCGAGCGCGCAAGCCAACGUCCUGAAGAUUGGGACCCUGAGUAGCUCGCAGAGAAGCAUCGUGCGCCAGGUGUAUUGGAUGGCUAUCAGGAACAUCUGGGUUGUUGCGGUGUGUUUCGCUGCCGUGGGAAUUUUGUUUGGCCUGCUCAUCCGCCAUAACGAUCUUGAGACGACCCAUGUGGAGGUCAAGAUGGGAUUGGCUGGAGAGGAGGCGCGAAGGAAGAUUUUGAUGGAAUGGAGAGCAGGUCGGCAGCAAAAUGCCACUGAAGUCACUGCCGUGUGA